AUGCCAUCUGCUUUGAUUCUCAUCGCCAAUGGGACAGAAGAAAUGGAGUUUACUAUCCCUUACGACACCCUCGUAAGAGCUGGAAUUGACUGUACAUCGGCAUUUGUACCUUCAGAAUCUGAAGUUGGAUUGGCCUAUGCGGGUGGCUGGGGUAUAAACGACGUCACGUACAGUGCUGGGAAGCUUGUGGGAAUGAUAUGUGCUGGCUCUCUCGCGGCAAAGACGAGCAAGCUUCCCUCUCAGCCUCUUACGUCGCACCCAUCCGUCAAGAAGGACCUUGAAAGCAGCUUUGAGUAUAAAGAGGAUAGCGUCGUCGUAUCUGGUUCGCUUAUUACCAGCCGUGGGCCAGGUACCGCGUUCCCUUUUGCCUUUAAGAUUGUAGAGCUACUGUGCGGAGAGGCAAAGGUGAAGGAAGUCAGAAGCCCAAUGAUCUUUCCAGCCGGGGUAUUCUGA